ACUGCUAGUACUGAAAAUCUAUAGCUCAUGUCACGUAUAUUAUAGAUCUUCAAUACUAGCAAUAAACAUCGGAAUGCAACUUCAGCAAAUUGUAAUGUUAGGUUAGGUUGUAACACGUCGAGUCGUGUAGUGUUGUACAUGUCCGGAGGAGUAUAAUUCUUUCGUCGAAUCGUCCCGCGAAAUCAUGCUCGAUCUCUUCACGAUAUUCAGCAAGGGCGGUAUAGUGCUCUGGUGCUUCCAGAGCACGUCUCAAAUCUUCGCGCCCAGCGUCAAUGCACUGAUAAGAAGUGUCAUAUUGCAAAAGAUUUCACUGGCAAUCAGUCAGAUGUCAUCAACCGGUGAUUGCUGGAUAUGUGACCGAAUCCAGCGUGCUUGUGAAAUAAUUCGACAGAGACCUGGGAUUUUCAAGAGAGUUCGCGACUCUGUAAAAAGAAGAUGCCAAGCAUGUAUGAAAAUAGAAGGAAGACAUGUGAAACACCUUCUGUAAAGCCAGAACGUACGGGCAAUCACAGCUUCGAGCACGACUCCUUGCGUCUGCAGUACAAACUCGACAAUGAGUUCGAGCUGGUGUUCGUGGUGGCGUAUCAGAAGAUACUGCAGCUGUCGUACGUGGACAAAUUUCUGAAUGACGUUCACCUGGAGUUCCGCGACCGCUUCAAGAACGAGCUCGAGAACGCCAGUUGGUUCUCCAACUUCGAGUUCGAGCCUGAGUACCGGCUGGUGCUCGAGCGGGCCGAGCAAUGGUCCCGCGCGCAUGCCAAGCUGCCGAAGCAAAUGCGCACCUUCGACGAGAGUCAGAAAUCCAAGAAGACGGUCGCUAGCAUGAUCGAGAGGAAGGACGACAAGGACGAGAAGAAACCGGGCAAAAAGAAGAAGGGGAUUAAUUAUAACGAGGAUAAUCACACAAAGAUUCAAGAGAAACAAGAACCUCUGAAACAACAAGCUAUUCACAACGGGGAGCUUGACGAGGAAACAUUGAUCGCCAACCGCAUAAAACUCGCUCAGAAAAUGGCGGGACAAAAGAAGAAAGCUGACAAACAGAAGAAACCUGAGAAAGCUGGCAAGAAACCACGUAUUUGGGAACUCGGUGGGACUGUUAAAGAUCUCGCCACCCUGGAGAGAACCAAAGACAAGCCCGAAGAGGGCAGCGAUUACACGCCGGCCGAUACAACUCUAGUUGGGCAGAUGAAAGGCGGCAUACGUGACCUGGAGGUGAACAGCGAGUCCGAGGACGACGACGAUGAUGAUUCCGAUUGGGAGGCGACGGAACGCUCCAAGACGCAACAGACGCAGAAGAAGACAACAAGCAGCAGCAUGUUCUCAAUGUUCAAGAGCUUGGUUGGCAGCAAAUCGUUGAAACGCGACGACAUGGCGCCGGUGUUGGACAAGCUGAAGGACCAUCUGAUUACUAAAAACGUUGCCGCGGACAUCGCACAGAAACUGUGCGAUUCCGUGGGCACGAAGCUUGAGGGCAAGGUAUUGGGUACUUUUGACAACGUGGCGAACACCGUGAAGGCCACUCUCACCGACGCGCUGGUGCAGAUACUGUCCCCUAAACGGCGAGUCGAUAUUCUGCGCGACGCGCUGGAGGCAAAGAAGACCAGCAGGCCGUACGUGAUGACAUUCUGCGGCGUGAAUGGCGUCGGCAAGUCCACGAACCUGGCCAAAAUUUGCUUCUGGCUGAUCGAGAACAACUUCCGUGUGCUGAUCGCCGCGUGUGACACGUUCCGAGCCGGUGCGGUUGAACAACUGCGGACGCACAUGCGCCAUCUAAACGCGCUGCAUCCGCCAGAGAAGCACGGUAAUGUGUCGAUGGUGCAGCUGUAUGAGAAAGGCUACGGCAAGGACGCCGCUGGCAUCGCCAUGGAGGCAAUCCGCUUCGCCAAGGACUGCCUGUUCGACAUCGUCUUGGUCGACACCGCCGGCAGGAUGCAGGACAACGAACCGCUCAUGCGUGCCUUAGCGAAGCUGAUCAAGGUGAACGAGCCGGACCUGGUGCUGUUCGUCGGCGAGGCCCUGGUAGGCAACGAAGCCGUUGAUCAGCUGGUGAAGUUCAAUCAGGCACUGGCCGACUACAGCCAAUCUGUCAAUCCUCAUAUCAUUGAUGGUAUCGUGUUGACCAAGUUCGAUACGAUCGACGAUAAAGUCGGUGCGGCGAUCACGAUGACUUACAUCACCGGUCAACCUAUCGUUUUCGUCGGGACUGGCCAGACAUACACGGAUCUGAAGUCAUUGAACGCCAAAGCUGUAGUGCACGCUCUGAUGAAAUGAAUGUUACACGGAAUAAUAAAAAAAUCUCUAAAGACCUCCUGACAUAAUGGGUGUAUAGUUCUUAUUCGAGCGUUGUCACAUACUGAUAUUGCAAAAGUCCGCGAGAAAUUACGUCGUUAUUCCGAAAUGAGAAAUAGCUACGAACCAGAAGAGAACGAUUUCGCACUCUUUUCCGAAUUGCACUUUUUUCUUUAAUGGGAACUUUUCCGUCGCUUCUUCGAGAUUUUAUCGAGAAAAAGGAGCAGGAUUAAAAAAGGUAAUUAUAACAACAGGUAUAAAUGAAAAAGAUGCAACAAUCAAUGUUAACACCAGCACCAAUUAGCAUUUAAUAACGAUAAGUCUGUAAAGUAGAUAUAAAUAUCUAAACAAUAAUUACAAUAAAACGAUUUCGGUCUCUAAGUGAAGUCUCGAUCGAGAAUCGAUAAUAUCGCGGACUGCGUAUAAAUAUUAUAAGCAGCACAUUAUCACGGUCACAAUUGAUGUUUGGAGGACUAAUAAUUGUUCGUUGAUGCGUAAUACAAAUUUUUUUACGAAAUCGAACGUUACAUCGUAUUCUGGAUUAUAUGUACAUGUAUAUUGUAUACGCGCGAUUAAUAUUGAUAUGUAGCAGUACGCGUGAAAACUUCAAGUAUCCGUUACGUAAUAAGACAUUCCUUAAAGAUUCUUGAUUAUUUGCACAUUUUUUUUAUCCGAAUUUUACGUGUCUUCAGAUACUUCGCUUUUCAAUAUCGCAAAAUAACAAAUAUUAUGUAUAUAUAUAAUAUUUGUUAUAUAUAUAUAUAUAUAUAUAUAUAUACACAUACAUACAUACAUACAUAUAUAUACAUACACACACAUAUCUCUCUUAUUUUUUAAUCUAUCUUCUAACUCAAUCUAAUCUAAAAUCAAUUCUUGCGAAAUUUAUAUAUACAAUCUCUUAUUAUAUAAUCAACGUAAAGAAAACAAGUUUAUAAAAUUGAAAUGGCUCGAUUGUUUUGCGUAUAUAAGAUAAAAAAGAAAGCACUCGCUAAACAGUCACAACGAACAUAUGUUACUGUUUACCGAGUCUCUUUAUUCAAUCAUUUCGCGCAAUAAUAAUCACUAUUUUUCCUCAUUCAUCUUUUCUAAGAUAAUUCAAUUGCAAAUAUCAUAUAAAACGAGAAUUAAUCGACAAAAAUUCACUAUAAGAAAAAACUCGCUGAAAGAUUCGCUGUUCGUCCUGCUUCACUCAAAUAACUCUAAAGUGUUAGAUAAAUUCUCGAAGCGUACCGUAAACAAUAUUAUCGCGCGUAAAUAACACAAGUAUAUGUGUGUGAUGUGAAUUACAAAAACAAAAACAUUGAUUCGUACUGCAAUUUUAUCGCGAAAGUCGCGCGCAAGUUAGUAGGGAAAGUAUAAUCAUUUCUACGAGUUUGCGAGACCUCACAAGUCUCUCGUGUUCACUCGUAUUUUACAGAAAGUCCUUUUAUAACAUACUAAACUGUACAUACGCCUUCCAUAAUUAAUAACUUUAUAAUAUUAAUCAAUGAUGACGAUUCUCCUAUUGAAUUGACUACAAUCUUCCAUUCUCUCGCUUUCUCUCUCUUUCUCCCUGCCUUUCUCUCUUUCUUCACAUUUGUACAAUAUAUCAUUCGCAUUUGAAAAAUAUAUCCCUGUCUAUAUGUGUCGAACGCCUUCUCAUAUAAAAUGCUGAGAAAUAAUGGAAAGUGUAAAGGACAACUGUGUGCAUUGGCCUCUACAUAAUUCAGUCUCUAUUACACAUUUCGCGUGAAGGCUUUCUUCCGUGACGUUACGAUCUCUUUCGCUCUUUCUCUCCAUCUCUCUUGGAGCCAAUUUUACACAGCAAAAUAUAAAACACAACACGAUAACGCUAUUCAAUUUCUUGUUUUUUCUUCACACAAUAACAGUAUGGUUUCUAUUAUAAUCAAUUGCUUCCUCAAUCGAUUCAGACUCGUCUGAUCUCGCUAAUUUGCCCGCUAAUUUCUCAUACAAAGGCAAAUAAUAAAAACCAUUCUUAUACAAUGUGUGUUUGUGUAUAACGUUUAAUUUCUCAACGCUAAACACUCGAAACGAUUUCUAGCACCCGCGCCUCAAUUUCUCGUGUAACUUUCCGUCUGCGUAUUGCUAUUAAAAAGCGACAAGAUAAAUAUAUUCUUUCCACUUUUCUUUUUUCUUCUCCUCACAAUAUACGUAUAUGUACAUAUAAAUAAUUACUUCGGUGAUCUGAAUUUUAUUUCAUCGUAAUGGAGGGAAAUUAUUAAUAAUAAUAUUUCCGUGAUGAGUAACUCGAAAUAUCAUAAUAUCAUAUUCGUACAGCAAAAAUAAACUAAAUCUUGAAAAAUAACAACUUAUCUCUUUAAUUCUCUCUCUCUCUCUCUCUCUCUCUCUCUCUCUCUCUCUCUCUCUCUCUCUCUCUCUCUCUGAUGUGAUCAGCGUAAACAUAAUUAUGUCUCUAACGUAAAAAUAAUAUUUUAUAUUAAUUACCGCUUACAAUUAUGAUCUGACAAUAAUUCUGUAAUUAAUACAUUUACGUCGAAGGAUAUGCAUUGUGUGUGUGUGUUUGUAUCUCAUUGUUAGUAAAAUAUAAUCAAAUGCUAAUGA